UAGCACCAGAUGACUGUCAGUGCGCAUUUCCUAUUGGCAAGAGGGAGUGAGAAGUAAACAGAGGAGACCGACGGGAGAAGAGUGUGUGUGUGUGUGAGAGAGAGAGAGAGAGAGAGAGAGCGAGAGAGAAGGAGUGAGUGUGUUAGAACAGAGUGAGAGACUCCAGCGGAGGGGGCGAGAGGCAACUUCACCGGGGUUUAUCACUGCGCACUGUCGAGGAGGAGAGAUCGCUCUCGAGCUCAACAUGCCCAGGCAGGUUCAAAAGUGGACUGUGGACGAUCGCAGCGACUGAAACGCCAGAUCCAACUGAUGGACUGUUAGAGAGCGCGGCGACAGGGGAAAGCUGUGCCGGCGCGACGGGGAGCGGACCCUGGGAAAAAGAAGAAGAGGAAGAAGGAGAACCUGACGCAGUGGGAAAAGUUACCAACUAUGGAGGUGCAUUGUUAACUGAGAGUUUACAAACUGUGCGGACCUUUCAGAGUCACUCCGUUCAACUGGAUGCUAUACUAAACGAACCCCAGCGCGCCUGGCUCGUCGGUCCGGUGAUAUUCCGGUGCCGCGGUGGACCAUAACCAGCUCCAGUCGCAUAGACGGAGCGAGCGAAUCCUUUCCACGCAGCACAAUCAGCGGCCAGAGCUUCUAAAAUGACGGCGUUGUACCUCGUCUUUUGCCUUAUGGUCUCAGCCGCCACCCAAGCAGCCUACUUCUCCCAGCAGCCUCAGGACCAGGUGGUUGUAGCUGGUCAGUCAGUGACGCUACCCUGCGUCAUCGUGGGUUACCGGGGAAUGGUACAAUGGACCAAAGAUGGCCUUGCGCUGGGUGGAGAGAGAGACCUUCCAGGCUGGACGCGCUAUUCCUUAAUGGGCGACCCGCUAUCAGGCGAGCACAGCUUGCUGAUCGAUUCGGCAGAGUUGGCGGAUGACGCGGUGUAUGAGUGUCAGGCUACACAGGCGGCACUGCGCUCCCACCGUGCCAAGCUCACUGUACUAGUUCCCCCGUCAGACCCCGUGGUGGAGGGCGGCCCCGUUGUACGUCUUAAGGCCCACACACGACACAACCUCACCUGCAGAGCCUCGGGAGCCAAGCCUGCUGCCGAGAUCACCUGGUACAGAGACGGCGAGGUCAUGGAGUCCGCGGUUUAUUCCAAGACACUGAUGGAGGAUGGGAAGAGGGAGGCGGCUGUCAGUAUGCUUCCAAUCACCCCAGAGGACAGCGACACCGGGCGCACCUACACCUGCAGGGUUCUUAACCCAGCUGCCCCUGCUGGUCGCCAGACAUCGGUCACCAUCAACGUCCAGCACCCUCCCUCGGUGACUCUGUCAGUCCAGCCUCAGACUGUGACGGAGGGAGCAAAGGUUCUCUUCAUCUGCUCUGCUUCGGCCAAUCCUGAAAUCACCGGAUACAGGUGGUCGAAAGGAGGAGUCCCCAUCUCCGAGGCAAACGGGGACAGCCUUGAGGUGACGGUGGACUACUCUUACUUCACAGACCCCGUCUCCUGCGAGGUGUCCAACUCUGUGGGCAGCACCAAUGUCAGCACGCUGGUCGAUGUCCAAUUUGGCCCCAGACUGCUGUCGGAGCCCAAGCCAAUGACGGUGGACAUCGGGAUGGAUGCAGCCUUUACUUGCGCGUGGACUGGAAACCCUCCUCUAACCCUGGCCUGGACGAAGCACGGCUCCAGUGUGGUGCUCAGUAAUGGUAACACCUUGCAGCUGAAGGCUGUUACCCAGGAGGAUGCUGGAACAUACACCUGCAAGGCCAUCGUGCCCCGGAUUGGAGUCGCAGAACGAGAUGUCACUCUCACUAUAAAUGGCCCUCCUAUCAUCACAGCGGAUGCCACGCAGCAUGCUGUCAAGCACUCCAAGGGCAAGCUGGAGUGCCGGGUGGGAAGCAGCCCCCCGCCUGAUAAGAUUGUGUGGACCUUUGGAGACAUGAGCCUGUCCUCCGGUACCUCUGGUCGUUACUCCGUGCAGACGGUAACCAGUGACCACGGGGUCCUCUCUUCUCUGGUGCUGUCCGAGACUCUGGCACAGGAUUUCCAGCUGCGCUACAACUGCACUGCCUGGAACCGCUUCGGCACAGGCACAGCCCUGGUCACGCUGAAGGAGCAAGAAGCCCUGCCUAUGUUGAUAAUUGUCGGCGGAGCAGUAGGCGGAGGCUGUGUCCUGCUCAUCUGUGUCAUCACCCUGGUCUCCCUGUGCUGCAGGCACACAGGCAAAGGUGAGCUCAACGGCAAAAGGUGCACUCGUCUUUCCAAGAGCGACAUCAGAGUUCAGAUCGUUCACAGCGAUCACAACGCUACACGUGGCAACGACGAUGAGGAGGAUGUCAAAGAGCCCAUGGCUCCGAACAGCAGCGAGUCUCCAGGGACAUCCCGCACAGAACAUAGCGACCUCCUGGAAGAGGAGGAGGAUGAGAGAUCGGACAUCAAGGAUCCCACCAAUGGAUACUACAACGUCCGUGGCCACGAGGACCGCCACAUCCGCAGCAGUGGAUUCUCCGAAUACGUCCCCAACACUCGGCCAGUCUACACGCCAUCGCAGCUGCCCUCCCCCAGCCCCAUGUAUGGUCAGCACGGCACCCAGCCUCGUGUCUAUGACUUCUCCCACCGAUACGCAACCACCACAGCGGGCAGAACCGCGUACGAACAGCAGCAAGCUGCCCAGCAGCAGCCCGCCCAGUCGGCCAGCAUUUAUCCCACUGAUCCCAUCUACAGUGGCUCCGCUUACCUGCCCGCUACCUACGGCCGCGCCUUCACCAGUUACGUCAAGCCCGCUUCCUACGAGAAGGUGGACGCGUAUGACCAAUCAGACCAGGCCAGCAAGGUGUCGAGCUCGUCUCGUUUCUCUUAUGCCUCCUCACAAGUGUCCUCCCAGCAGUCUGACUACGGCCGGCCCUCACAGCGUAUGCAGACGCACGUUUGAUUGGACAAACAAGUUGGGGAAAAGCAGAGUAUAGGAGCAGUGAGUAGAUAACCAUUGUCAGCUCCACAUACGUGGCUGGACUAACAUGAACAGAGACUUUCUUUACUCGGACGGUCCUCCAAGGAUGUGUCCGGACAGCGUUCGGAGGGAGUCGCGUGAUUUAGGUUAUGGGAUAACCGACCUUUAUUUGUUGUGAUGGUUUGAGGGAUCUGCAACGAUGUGAACUGUGGAGCUCCCGAGCUGGAGAACUCAGCAGAUUGUGAUGUUCAAGUCAGACUUCUGAUUACAGUGUGAUACCUCACCAGGUUAUCUCUACAUGAUGACCACCCAAAACCUGUGGAGAUAUUCUGUCGGUGCAAGAGCCAACUAGAAAACGAAUCAAAUGCAUCUCCUGUAUUUGGGUGGCCAAAAUGACUGGGGUAGCUGUUUACCUGCCUUCCAGAGUUUACUUAGUGUCAACGCUAAAUGUCAAACACGACCUCUAAAAUAUUUCAAAAGACAAGCUAAGGCAUAUUUGAGGAAAAAAAAAAAACAGAUAUGAUCAACCAACAACAAUCGUUGUCUGUCAUUUGGUGUUUUGUUGGCAUGCGAAAGGAAUUCUAAGCACAUCUGUGUCUCUAUCAUCAACAAACGACUGAGCUAUCCACAGAGACAGACAAACUAUUCUGCACAACAGGCUAGCUCUACUGACCAACAAGUGCUCCAGGCACUGUACUGUAUGAAGAGUCUAAUCAGCGGCGGAAUACUUCUGGCCUGAGCUGUAUUCCUGGAGCUUCUUCUGAUAAUAACCCUAACAUGUUGGACUUACUGGUGGAUAAAAAGAAGGAGAUACGAUGAGAAUGUGUAUUUUAGCCUUCAUGGUAAUGGGGGACUCUUUGUUAACUGUGUGUUGUACCAAGAUGGACAAGGUAAAGGCCAUGAAAACCCAAAGAUGGUGAUAAUUUUACGAGGGGGGGCGGGGAACGGGGGGCUGAAUACUUCUGUCCAACCCCUGCUACUGUUUUCUGAUUGUAAAAUCAAGAGUAGGCUAUUACCAGAACAAUCAAAAGCGGUGAUUUGGAACGGUGGCAAUCUUGAACUUAAAAAUAAACUUGAAUGCAAGCGUUGUCAAUUUUUUCGGCAGGCUCAGGCGGGGGAAAGUCCUAACACGGACCACACACACACACUCAAGUUUUACAACUCAAUCAAAUUGUCUCAAUAUGUUUACAAGAAACAGUACUACCCUGAAACACUAAGUAUCUGUACAAAUGGCUGAGCCCAUACUUUCUCUCUGUUGCAUGCAAAUGAUGUGUCUAGUGAAAUCUUCAGCGUUUAUCUUCAUGUCCAUUUCAUGUUCGAGACAUUGGUUUCUUCACUCGGCCCCGGUUGCGUUCCAACUCCUGGAUGUUUCAGUAUGGACGCCUGUACUGCCAUUUGUCUAUGAAGCUGUUCCCAGGCAGCCUGACAAGAGAACAAAAGUCACUCAAAGUGAGGAGGCAAACAUCAUCGCUUGUCUUUAUUUUUAUAUUUUAUAUAAGCCUUAAUGUACAGCGUGUAAGCUGCUCUAUUGUAAAGUAUCUUUAUAUACAUAUGUAUCUAUCUUGGUUGAUUUAAUUGGGUCCACAGAUUUUUCUUGUCUAUACUCGUUUGUUCAUCAAUCAUUGAAUGCAGUUACUAUGCUUUUUUUUUUUUUUUUUGGAACACGACUAAUUGCCAUUUGUUUGUUCAUUCUUUUAAUAAUGUAUUAAGAAUUUUAUUUGCUAAAAAUGAGCUACCGUUGCUUGUACCUUUGUACACAUAUUUAUAUUUAAAUAAAACCAUUUCCGAUAAACAAC